AUGUCGGAUAGAUAUAGACCACCUACUGGACCUAAAGGUCCAAAAGGUCCCAGAGGGCAUCCACCUUCAAAUUACAAAUCCGGUUGGAAAGACCAGGAAGGCAAAGGCGCAGAUGGUAAAAGGUUCAAAGAAAGAGAUAACUAUAGACCCAAUGUGAUUGAUAGGCGAAGAGGCCCUGACGACGGGGAUGACAGGUACUACAACAGAGACAGGAACGACAAGAACGACCGAUACGAAAGAAAUGACCGAAACGACAGACCUCUGGGGCCAUCGGGCUCUAGAGAUAACCGUGGCCAGAAGAGAGGUCCACCUGAGAGAGAUCCUAGAAGAGGGCCGGGUGGUGAUAGGCCCAACAAGAGACGGGACUUUAAUGCUCGAGACUAUGAUAAUGAUCGCGCCGAGAGCAGUAAACCCGAAAUCGACAGGCCUCCACGUGCACCCAAAAGCAGCGGGUAUCAGGGUCCUGGCGCUCGUCCAGGUCCUCGUCCAGGUCCUCGCACCGGUCCCAAUAAUCGACCAACAGGUCCUGGAGGUGGUUCCAAUGCUGGUCCCAACGCUGGUCCAAACCAAAGAGAUAGACCAAAACAACCACCAAAGAAACGCACCCCGAACCCCAAUGCCAAUCAAAACAAAAAACCCCAGCAAAGACUCCAGCCAUCGCAGCUAUACUCAUUAUAUGCUAACAGGUCUAACGAACUAUAUAAACGGGUUCAGCAAGUUGGUGAGGGUACUUACGGUAAGGUCUACAAAGCCAAAAACUCUCUCACUGAGGAGUUUGUAGCUUUGAAGAGAUUGCGUCUUGAGAGCGAGAGAGAAGGUUUCCCAAUCACAGCGAUGAGGGAGAUCAAACUUUUGCAAAGUUUCGAUCAUCCGAACAUUGUUGGUUUGUUGGAGAUGAUGGUAGAACAUAAUCAGAUCUUCAUGAUCUUUGACUACUUGGACCAUGAUCUUACUGGUUUACUCACACACCCAGAUCUUAAGCUCACAGAAGGACACAGAAAGACCAUAUUUAAGCAGCUUAUGGAAGGUAUGAAUUAUCUUCAUGCCAGAAGGGUAAUUCACAGAGAUAUCAAGGGAUCCAAUAUCUUGGUGGAUCGAGAGGGUACGGUGAAGGUAGCAGAUUUUGGUUUGGCAAGAACCAUGAAGGUAUUGAAAGAUGGCGAAAGUCCAGACUACACCAAUCGUGUCAUUACGAUUUGGUACAGGCCACCAGAACUUCUUCUUGGGUCUGUGGACUACGGACGUGAAGUCGAUAUUUGGGGUGUGGGGUGCUUACUCAUUGAAUUGUACACUAAGAUGGCCGUAUUCCAGGGUACGGAAGAGAUUUCUCAGCUUUAUAAAAUUUUUGAUAUCAUGGGUACUCCCAGCGUUGACUCGUGGCCCGAUAUCGAAAACUUGCCAUGGUUCGAGAUGUUGAAGCCACGCAUAAACAAAAAAUCAAGCUUUGAAUCAGAAUUCAGACCAUUAAUGUCUGAGCAAAGUUUUGAUCUUGCACAAAAAAUGUUAUCGUUGGUUCCAAGUGAGAGAAUCUCAGCCGAAGACUCUCUUCAGCAUGCGUACUUCACUGAAGACCCCAAGCCUGAGGCAUUGGAAUUCAUGAAGACGCUUGAAGGUGAGUGGCAUGAGUUUGAGACCAAGAAAAGAAGAAGGGAAGAGCGUAAGCGAUUGGCUGAGAUGAAGAAUGCAAAGGGCAGGGAGGUCUCAUUGCCUCCUACCCAGCCAGCAGCACCUAAUCCUGCCAACGAGCAUGCCGGCUUCCAAACUCCAUUGUCUACUGAGCAGGCUAUUCUCGAUGAUAUUAAUAAUGGCCUGGAGAGCAAGCCAAACGCGGUUAUGGGCUUGGAUGAGAUCAUGAAUCAUUCGGAGCCGGAUCGUCAAGCGACUGAGGACCCUACUGACACUGCCACUGACGACAAGGAGAACAAGGCGGAAACUGAAGAGCCCAACGAAACAGCUGAGGGCGAAGCGGGAGAAAAGCAGGAGUAA